GUAAUAAUCACCAACAAAAAUGGCGAAGCCCAAGGAUGACGACGACCCUUUCGUCAACUAUGUGGCAAAAAUGAGAUUUUCGUAAGUUUUGUAUUAUUUAAUUCCUAAAGACGUUUUGGCUCAAAGUAUAAUUAGAUUUGCAUUCAAUACAAUGAGUUUGCAAUGUUUCACUUGCGUAUUUGUCUGCGCACCUCUCUAGUACUUAUACUUAUCUAGGAAUUUGUAUUAUUUGAUUCUUUCAUUAACCGUAGCCAACCUUUUAUGAGAAGAAACUUGUAAGUGUGAAGUUGUCUGAUUAUUUGAAGAGUGCGUCUUUGAUGGGUUUUUGAUGUAAUACUGCUAUUUGUCCUGCUAUUUGUCCUGCCAUGUGAGCGUCCUGUUAUUUGUCCUGCCAUUUGUACUGUCACUUGUGCUGCCAUUUGUGCUGCCGUUCGUCCUGCUCAUUGUCCUGCUCUUUGUCCUGCUCUUUGUCCUGCUCUUUGUCCUGCUAUUUGUCCUGCUAUUUGUCCUGCUAUUUGUCCUGCUAUUUGUCCUGCUAUUUGUCCUGCUAUUUGUCCUGCCAUGUGUCCUGUUAUUUGUCCUGCCAUUUGUACUGGCACUUGUGCUGCCAUUUUUGCUGCCAUUUGUGCUGUUAUUUGUCCUGCUAUUUGUCCUGCUAUUUGUCCUGCUAUUUGUCCUGCUAUUUGUCCUGCCACUUGUCCUGCUAUUUGUCCUGCCAUGUGCCCUGUUAUUUGUCCUGCCAUUUGUACUGGCACUUGUGCUGCCAUUUUUGCUGCCAUUUGUGCUGUUAUCUGUCCUGCCAUUUGUACUGUCACUUGUGCUGCCAUUUGUGCUGCCGUUCGUCCUGCUCAUUGUCCUGCUCUUUGUCCUGCUCUUUGUCCUGCUCUUUGUCCUGCUAUUUGUCCUGCUAUUUGUCCUGCUAUUUGUCCUGCUAUUUGUCCUGCUAUUUGUCCUGCUAUUUGUCCUGCCAUGUGUCCUGUUAUUUGUCCUGCCAUUUGUACUGGCACUUGUGCUGCCAUUUUUGCUGCCAUUUGUGCUGCCAUUUGUGCUGCCAUUUGUGCUGUUAUUUGUCCUGCUAUUUGUCCUGCUAUUUGUCCUGCUAUUUUCCUGCCGUUCGUCCUGCUCUUUGUCCUGCUAUUUGUCCUGCUAUUUGUCCUGCUAUUUGUCCUGCUAUUUGUCCUGCUAUUUGUCCUGCUAUUUGUCCUGCUAUUUGUCCUGCUAUUUGUCCUGCUAUUUGUCCUGCUAUUUGUCCUGCUAUUUGUCCUGCUAUUUGUCCUGCCAUUUGUCCUGCUAUUUGUCCUGCCAUUUGUCCUGCCAUUUGUCCUGCUAUUUGUCCUGCCAUUUGUCCUGCUAUUUGUCCUGCUAUUUGUCCUGCUAUUUGUCCUGCUAUUUGUCCUGCUAUUUGUCCCGCUAUUUGUCCUGCUAUUUGUCCUGCCAUGUGUCCUGUUAUUUGUCCUGCCAUUUGUACUGGCACUUGUGCUGCCAUUUUUGCUGCCAUUUGUGCUGUUAUUUGUCCUGCUAUUUGUACUGUCACUUGUGCUGCCGUUCGUCCUGCUCUUUGUCCUGCUCUUUGUCCUGCUCUUUGUCCUGCUCUUUGUCCUGCUAUUUUUCCUGCUAUUUGUCCUGCUAUUUGUCCUGCUAUUUGUCCUGCUAUUUGUCCUGCUAUUUGUCCUGCCAUGUGUCCUGUUAUUUGUCCUGCCAUUUGUACUGGCACUUGUGCUGCCAUUUUUGCUGCCAUUUGUGCUGUUAUCUCUCCUGCCAUUUGUACUGUCACUUGUGCUGCCAUUUGUGCUGCCGUUCGUCCUGCUAUUUGUCCUGCUAUUUGUCCUGCUAUUUUUCCUGCUAUUUGCCCUGCUCUUUGUCCUGCUAUUUGUCCUGAUAUUUGCCCUGCUAUUUGUCCUGCUAUUUGUCCUGCUAUUUGCCCUGCUAUUUGUCCUGCUAUUUGUCCUGCUAUUUGCCCUGCUAUUUGUCAUGCUAUUUGUCCUGCUAUUUGUCCUGCUAUUUGUCCAGCUAUUUGUCCUGCCAUUUGUCCUGCUAUUUGUCCGGCCAUUUGUCCUGCCAUUUGUCCUGCUAUUUGUCCUGCCAUUUGUCCUGCUAUUUGCCCUGCUAUUUGUCCUGCUAUUUGUCCUGCUAUUUGUCCUGCUAUUUGUCCAGCUAUUUGUCCUGCUAAUUGUCCUGCUAUUUGCCCUGCUAUUUGCCCUGCUAAUUGUCCUGCCAUUUGUCCUGCUAUUUAUUACUUUGCCCUCAGGAAAGAAAUGAUCAACAAAGAGAAUAUGAUACAUCGCAGAACUUGGCCUUGUAUGUGGGGGUACAUCUUGCCUAUUUACAAUGAGGUGAGACAUGGAGUUUUAUCUUGUUUUUUUUUUGUUUGUUUUUUGUUUUUUGGUGGGGGGAGGAGACAAUCUUUAUCAUUUACAAUAAAGUAAGAUAUUAGGUUUGGCCUCGGAUGCUGGAACUUUUUGGUUUUGGCGAGGUGGUAGGGGAUAUAUUAUUUAAGAUUGGCAGUUUUCCUAAGUCAGUUGCUGGUUUCAGCUUAAUUUUAAGAGCAACAUAAUUUCAACAAAUCGACCAUCAGCUACCAUGCCAAAUCUCAUUUCUAUCAAGCUUUGAUAAUUCAAGGGGGGCAACUCGUUCACGUCGAACAAAAACCCUUUAGCUAUUUUGUGGUUUAAGUUAAAAACAUCGUCUCACGGUAUUAGAACAAUUUUGUUAAAGAAAAGAAAAACGCUCACAAUGAAAGAGUAGCACAUAUUACAAAUUACGGGAAAAUAUCUUAGAUUUAUUCGAUACACCGGGCAUGCUACAAAUAGACAUGUCUUUUAAAUAUUUUGAUGAUCAUAAGUUCUAUAAAAGUUACAAAAAAUUAACUUUUUUUGUGUGCGUCGAAAAAAUAAUAAUUGUAGAUUGGCCUUGACUUUGAAAAAGGAUUCCAGAUGAAAACUUUCGAGUGAGAGGAGAUACGAUUUUAGGUUUAUAGGUUAUGGCGCGAUCAUUUUCGAGAAAGUGAAGUGAAAAUGAGAUAUUUCCAAUAAUGUUAAGCGUGCAUUUUUAUUAAAUUGCAAUAUAUAUUUAUUUAUUUAUAUAUUUUAUUCUGAUAUUGUUCUAAAAGUCUAAACAAUGAAGUAAAGUCAGUUAAUUCAACCACAAAGCCUUGUGCAUAAUGUAGGUACUUGGGUAAAUCAGUUCUCUGCUAGUGUCAUUUCCUUGCAGAGUUACGUGCCCCUUGUUCAACUCUUUGUCCACUAUAAUAAUGUAUAACAGAGACACAUUUUGACCGCAUAGCCACCGAGCGACAGGCGCAAUGGUGAUUUUUUAAACAAAUAGUAACCAAAAAAAAAAAAAAAAAAUUAAAAAAAUAAAAAGGAAAAUCAUUUUUGAAAUUCAUUUGAUUUGACAAUUUGAUUUGCUGAAAAAUGUGAAGAAUCAUUGAGAUGUUAGUGAAAUUUUAAUCGUCUGUUGUUAAUUUGAAUUCUCAGCAAAGUUCUAAUAAUAUGUGUGUUUAUAAUACUCAUUGUGCUAAUUAUGCAGGUGUGGGCUGGCUUCCAAUAUGGGGGGUGGGGGGCGAUAGACAUAACUGUCCCAAAACUUUGGGACCGAUUUAUUAACAGUGACAUUUUCUCAACUGUGAUGAUAUUACUUUGGAGGGGAAGAAAAUUCCAUUGAAUUUUGCUUUUAUAUUUCGGGAAAUUGGUGGUUUUUGAUUCAAAUAUUAUCAUAUAUACAUUAUACUUAAUGCAUCACGUUAGGAUCAGCAUUGCCUAAACCUCAGAUUUAAAUGAAAAUGUAUUCCCCAAUAGUUCGGUGCAUAUCGCCAAUAAAAAUGUAAAAAUUGUAAAAAAAAAAAAAAAGUCGCAUUAAUUCAUUAAUGGUAAGAAGUAUACUCAUGAUUGAUUGGCAAUAGCAUAACAAAUGUUAUUAAAAAGAAUUCAUACAUAAUUAUUGCAUUUUUAGUGUUGAAAUUACACAAAAUGCACACAUUUACUUGAAUUUUUAGUUCUAAACAUAAUGUAUGGCUCUCACAGAAUUACUUUUCAAAAUAUGUGGUGUCCAUGGCUCUCUCAGGCAAAAAGGUUUCCGACCUCUGAUCUAGAGGAACAAUUUAAACAUUAACAUUUUUGUUACGUAUUGAACAGUGGCGUAGCGAGGCAGGUGCGGGGGGUGCGGACCGCACCGGGUUACACUAUUUUAGGAGUGACACCCGAUUGAAAAAUUGCAUAUUUACAGGGCACACAUUGCUCGCAAAAAUCGAGAUUCAUAAAAGAAUAACCGAUCACACAUAUAUUUUUCACAAAUUUAACCAAUCUAAAUGCGUGCUUUAUUAAAAGUUCAAGGUUGAUGCUAUACUGUGGACUUAUUUUAACAAGUAAAAAAUCGAUCAUAGAAGUUUUUUUUUGUUUUUUUUUUUUUUUUUUUUUUGGGGGGGGGGGGGUGACACCGUGAGUUUACCGCACCGGGUGACACCAACCCUAGCUACGCCACUGAUAGUAUUGAAUACAAAGUUCUUUUACAAUUUAUAUUUAAGGCAUUUUUAGCCUGGAUGACAGAAAUGGAUGGAUGGAUGGAUGGAUGGAUGGAUGGAUGGAUGGGUGGGUGGGUGGGUGGGUGGAUGGAUGGAUGGAUGGAUGGAUGGAUGGAUGGAUGGAUGGAUGGAUGGAUGGAUGGAUGGAUGGAUGGAUGGAUGGAUGGAUGGAUAGAUUAGACUGGACUUGUCUAGACUAGACUAGACUAGACUAGACUAGACUAGACACGACCGACCGACCGACAGACAGACAGACAGACAGACAGAGAGCGAGCGAGCGAGCGAGCGAGAGAGUGAUGGUAGUUAAAGGGAAAGAGAGAGAGAGAGAGAGUGAGUGAUGGUAGUUAAAGGGAAAAGGGGGGACAUUUUUCAAUUCUCACCUUGGUUUGAAAAACAGGGUUGAACUCAUAGAAACGGCCCAGUUCCCAAGUUACUUUGCCCCAACAUACUGUCUAUGCAAUUAUUUUUUGUUCAAUGUCUAAAGUCUUAAGUCAUCGACUUUUACCCAAAUGUCGUAUUUGCUCAUUCGCAAGUUUUAGUAGACUGCACUAGUUUUGCCGACUUAAUUAUUCAACACAAUAAUAUUUAUGGAUAAAUGUUUUAAAUAUUUAAAAGUUUUACGGGCAAACAAAUCUUUUAUGUAAACGUGUGUAAAACUAAAUUUGUAAUAAAUUUGGGGCUGAAAACAAUGAAGAUAUUAGUGGCAUAAGAACAUCCCUUUCAAAUAGGCCUAAAUAGGCACAUAGGCCUACAUCUAUGCCAUGUGACACAAUGCCUAUAGUUUAUUGCAUGGGGUGGCGCUCGAAUCAGUGUUUCAUUUCCACUCAGGUAUCUUUCAUUUCUACUGCGUCAUAAAAGUUGAAAUUGAAGGCUAGCAUUAAGCAAAGCAAUAAUAAAUGCUCAAAAUUCAAGGUUUUGUUUUUUAAAGUUUUAAGAAAUUCUUAAUUUUGACGAAGAUUCCAAAGUUGUUCAAUGGAAGUUACGGUCCAAAUUUUACAAACUAUUAUUAUCCGUAAACUUACGAUUGGUUGGAAAUCUUUUAAGUGACUGUUAGUGAGUGAAUUGAAGCGAAGACGUUUGUUCAUACAUGAAAAGGAAUGAAGUUUUAUGUAAUAUUUUAAAAUAAUUGUUCUUAUUGACAGUAUUUAUCAUACUGAAUCUACUAAUUAUAUAUGAGCCCCGCGGGGGAAGGGGGGUCCGGAUUUUGGGAGUUUGCCCCGGGCGGCAUUUAGUUACGCUUCUCUGUUUCUGGAGUGGAUGUCUGAGGUAAUGAAGCAAAGCGGAGACACAAAACAUUUGUUUAAAUUAUUUACAAUUUUGUUUACUAAGAUUGAUUUCUAAAUUUUUAGCUAAAUACAAAUUUAGAUCAAGGGGAGAGAAGACCGAUGCCUUCCAAGGUGAAAAGAGUAGACCCAGAAGAGUUUGCUCACAUGUGGCCUGAUCCAGAAUCUAGGAUGACAAAAAAGUGAGCCAUUAAAAUAAUUAAAAUAAUAACGGCGACCAGCAUAUGGGCUACUUGCUAAGUCAGCGUUUCUCAAAGUGAGGCAUAUGGCUCCCAUGGGCCCAAAGCAUAUUUGUUGGGGGCUAAUUAUAUCUCUAUAAAAAAAGUUUUUUUUUUUUUUUUAUGUUAAUAGUUCACAAAGUGGAAGUGGGUGGGGGGCACAGAGGUAGAUACAAUGUUUAAAGUAGGCCACUAAUAUAAAUAGUUUAGAAAGGCUGUGUUGGACUUUGUACAGCAAAUACACAUUGAUCAAUAUUAAAUGUUUUUAAUUUGAGGCAAACCUUAUACACUUACUAACAGUGUUAUUUCUACAACUAUACAGACAGGCAUAGGUAGGCCUAUUAAUAAUUUUAUUUUUCUAUGUCUAUGUAUAAUUCAGAUUUGGGCCGGCUAUAGAUUAAAUUUAGAUAAUAUGAAUAAAUAAUAAUUAUGAUAUCAAAUACGAUUUCUGCAGCUUCAAACCCAGUGAUUCAAUACCACCGUCUUCUAAUAACAAAAUGUAUGGCUGGAAGGUUGGUAAAGGCAUUGUGGAGCCUACAGACAAAUGGGUCAAGCCUCGAAGUCGUUACAACAUGUACAAGGAUCUCGGCUGGGGGGAUGACUCUUUGUGGUAAUGUUUGAUGAGAAAGGAAUUAAUGAUAUAACAUAACACAACCUGGAAGUUGGGACAUUAUUGGACUGAUUCAGAUAAAAUUACAACAGAAAUCACAAAAUACAAUGGUAUGUGAUCUUUAGCCGUAAUUUAAUAAAAACAAUAAAUCAUGAGUCAACUAAGCUCAAGCUGGUCUGUUUUAUGUUCUUAGCAGUUAGCUUGAGGAAUUAAUGUCUUUUGUUAUCGACAGUCUAACACAACUCAUUCAUAAGAAGGAAGAAAAUAUGUGUAACGUUAAAUCAGGCCUAUGUCACUUACUUGUUAAAUCAGAACACACAGGCCUAUAUCACUUACUAGCUAAAUCAGAACACACAGACCUAUAUCACUACUAGCUAAAUCAGAACACACAGGCCUAUGUCACUUUCUAGCUAAAUCAGAACACAGGCCUAUGUCACUUACUAGCUAAAUCAGAACACACAGGCCUAUGUCACUUACUCGCUAAAUCAGAACACACAGGCCUAUAUUAGUUACUAAAGUGUCAAUCACAUUCAAAGAACUGUUUCCUGAUCAAGUUUUAUCCAUGAAAACUAAUUCUUAUUUCUCAGAACAUGAUAUAGAACAUUUAUCAAAAUUUAUUUCUAAGAACAUGUCAAUACUAAUGUGUCAUAUGAAGAAAUAUGUGUCAAUACUAAUGUGUCAUAUGAAGAAAUAUGUGUCAAUACUAAUGUGUCAUAUGAAGAAA